UUCCGUUUUGCGCACGUGUGUGUCAUUUGACGUGCGACCGUGAACGGCGACGGACGUAAGGUUAUCAGUCAUGAAUAAAUAUAUAUAUUGUUUUGUUUUGAGUGCUGUGUUAGCAAGUGUGCGAGCUGGACCGUUCAAGACCAUUUUGUAUUCAGAUUUGAUCACAUGUGAUCAUGACAAAACCCUGGACCUCGGCGUCAGCGAAACGCAAAUCUUCUUCUACGACUUCCAGAACAACUUCAACUUGAGUUUCCCCAUCGACAGCGCCGCUGAAGGUAUCACCACCCGGUACAACUUGGACGUGACAAGGAAACUUGUAUUCUUUGUCCCUGGAUAUAAGUCUCAUAUUAGCAAAAACACCGAAGAUCUAUUCCGUCAAGCGUUUAGUACUCUUCCGAACAUCUAUUUAAUCAUCGUCGACCAUUCAGCUUACACUUCCAGUCGGGGAGGAAAGAUUGCCAGUUAUGAACGUUCCGUCAAAUUCGCGUAUUACAUCGGACAGGCUCUUGGAAAAUUCUUAGCUGAUCUCCACAAAAAUGGAUACCCCUCCAACAAAAUUCACUGCAUAGGACACAGUUUGGGAAGCCAGAUCUUAGGGUUUGCUGGUACGGCUUACCACGAUAUUACAAACGAAAAGGUUUGGAGAGUCACUGGCUUAGACCCGGCUGGACCUUGCUUCUCAAACAGUCUUAUUGACAAUCAAAUAAGGUCUGGAGUUGGACAGUACGUAGAAGUGUACCACUGUAACGCAGGAGGUUUGGGAACUACUGCGGUAUUGGCCGAUAUAGAUUUCUUCUUCAACAAAAAGGGGCACAAGCAGCCAUCCUGCCACGAAGGCAUCAUCCCGGCGAAAGGAGAGAGUGACGCAGCUAAAUGCAGUCACAAAGCAUGUGUGAGGUACUACACGAUGUCUGUUCAUUUACCGAACGGGUAUUUGGCUUGGGCUUGCGAUACCUAUGACCAUUAUUCUGGUGGAAAAUGCGCGGGUAAUGAGGUAACCAUAGCAGGGUACAACAACCCUGGAAAUGCUACUGGUGUGUUCUACGUAUCAACAGAGUUGUACGGUAUUGAGUGAUCGAUGUUUGGGGAAGUCUGUAACUAGUUAAAAAGUUACAGAGUGAUGGACGUAGUGUUGUGGAAAUAGUGGUGUGAAAUUGUAUAAUGUGUUGCUGAGUUCGAAUCGUAAGACGUAGAAAAAUUGUACAAUAGUUUUUUAGACGAUUGAGGAAGAUUUAUUGAUCUUUGUUUGCAUCUGAGUUAAUCCGUUUAGGGUUUAUCCGCCUCUGCAAAGUAAAUAAGAAAAUAAUGAACAAUUAAAGUAUUUUCUGAAAUCAUCAAA